AUGGCUCCGUCUUGGACAGCAGGAGCAUGGACAGUGCUGUCAGCGUUGGGUCUCCUGAGCUGCUGUAGCUUUGGCUGGUGUGAGGCCUCAAGGACUAGUAGUUCGGCCUCAGGAGGGAGUAGACAGGAGCAGGGACCUUCGUCACUUGAACGAGUGAAGAGAGGAUGGGUGUGGAACCAGUUUUUUGUGGUGGAGGAGUACACAGGCACGGAGCCACUAUAUGUAGGAAAGAUCCAUACAGACUCUGACGAGGGUGAGGGCAACAUCAAGUACACUAUCUCUGGAGAAGGGGCAGGCUCCAUCUUCAUCAUCGACGAGCUGACAGGAGACAUCCAUGCCACAGAGAGACUGGACCGAGAGGAGAAGGCCUUUUACACACUUCGGGCUCAGGCCCGUGACCGUCUCUCCAACGACCCUCUGGAACCAGAGUCAGAGUUUGUCAUUAAGGUCCAGGACAUCAAUGACAGUGAGCCAAAGUUCUUGGAGGGCCCCUACAUCGGCAGCGUGGCGGAGCUGUCACCCAUAGGAACGUCUGUCAUGAAGGUUACUGCAUCUGAUGCUGACGACCCCACAUACGGCAGCAGUGCCAGAGUCGUGUACAGCGUCCUGGAUGGAGAAAAGUUUUUCACCGUUGACAGACACACAGGGAUCAUCAUGACAGCAGUGGCAGAUUUGGACCGUGAGACACAGGAUCGUUAUGAGCUGGUCGUCAAGGCAACAGACAUGGCAGGACAAAUGGGCGGUCUCUCCGGCUCCACCACGGUGACCAUAGUGAUCACAGACGUUAAUGACAACCCGCCACGCUUCCCGCAGAAAAUGUACCAGUUUUCUGUGUCAGAGGGGGUGGCUGUGGGGACACCAGUUGGACGCGUCAUUGCCACAGAUGCAGACAUGGGAGAGAACACAGAUAUGAGCUAUCUGAUCAAAGAGGGAGGAGAGCUCUUCAAGGUCACUACCGAUGUUGAGACCCAGGAAGCUGUUGUCUCCGUCAAGAAGACGCUGGACUUCGAGAGCAAGCGCACACACAAUGUCGUGGUGGAGGCAGUAAAUAAGCAUGUUGACCCUCGCUUCGUGGACCUUGGUUCCUUUCGAGACCAGACCAUUGUUCGUGUCAGCGUGUCUGACAUAGAUGAGCCCCCCAUUUUUCAACCAGCAGAGGGCGCUAUCAUGGAAGUUCAGGAGGAUGCCAAAGUAGGAGCGCUGGUUGGCAUCGUCACUGCCAGAGAUCCAGAUGUGAAGAAUAAACCUGUCAGGUUUUCUAUCGAUCGGACCACAGACCAGGAGAUGAUCUUCCACAUUGAUCCCGAUUCGGGUGCCAUCACACUGGGCAAGAUUUUAGACCGAGAGACCGCAGGCUGGCACAAUAUCACUGUGAGGGCUGUAGAAGCAGAUAACCACACCAUGGCGUCCCACUCAGCAGUGAGUAUUCGGAUUCUGGAUGUAAACGACAACCCUCCUGAGCUGGCCACACCUUACGAAGCCUCUAUAUGUGAAGAUGCCAAACCAGGCCAGCUAAUUCACACCAUCAGUGUGGUGGAUCGAGACGAGCCACAAUCUGGACAUCGCUUUUACUUCACCCUGGCCCCGGAAGCCUCCAGCAAUCGACACUUCACCCUGUGGGAUGUCAAAGACAACACAGCUGGCAUCCGGACCCAGCGGUCAGGCUUUAACCGCCAUGAGCAGAAUGUGUACUUCCUGCCCAUCCUGGUGGUUGACAGCGGGCCUCCCUCCCUCAGCUCCACAGGCACCCUGACCAUUCACGUCUGUGGCUGUGACACAGAGGGAGCCAUCCAGUCCUGCAAUGCCACGGCCUAUGUAAUGAGUGCUGCUCUCAGCCCUGGGGCACUUAUAGCACUACUGGUCUGCAUGCUCAUCCUCAUAGUCCUCGUCCUGCUGAUCCUGACCCUGAAACGUCACAGGAAGGGCCAGAGGAUGGCGGAGGAUGAGGAGGACAUGAGGGAUAACGUCAUCAAGUACAAUGAUGAGGGCGGAGGGGAGCAGGACACUCAAGCAUACGACAUGAGUGCCCUGAGGAACCUCUACGACUUCCCAGAGGCCAAGAGCUGUGACUCUGGCCCGGACAUCCGCUCGCUGCCGCAGUGGAUACAGGCUAACCGGGUGGGUGGCGGCGCGGAGGGACCUGCGGCGGUGGCGGCCGCGGCGGCAGACUUCUCCCUAUUCAAAGGCUACAUCCGAAAGAAGGUGGAGCAGGCUGAUGCUGACCUGUCGGUGCCGCCGUACGACUCCUUCCAGACGUACGCCUUCGAGGGCACCAGUUCACCAGCGCUCUCGCUCAGCUCCAUCCACACGCUGUCCACCACCUCAGAGCAGGAUUUCUCCUACCUCAGCGACUGGGGACCACGUUUCAGGCAACUGGCGGGCUACUACGCUCCAGGAAACCCUGAGGAGGAAGGGUCCUAG